GUCACAAACACUCACACACACCACCAUUGAAUCAACAAAAUGGCUUGUAAUCAAAAUUUGAAGAAUGCUAUCAUAGCAUUAUUGGUUCCUCUUCCCUCAAUCAUCUUCUAUCUCACAUUCCUCAACAACUAUCACUCAUCAAUUUCAAACCCAAACAAUCCUUCUUUUCUCUCAACUCUAUGGACAUGGUGCUAUCACCACCCUCUUCUCUUUGCCAAUGCUCUCUUCUUCUUCAAUGUUAAUCUCCUCUUCUGGCUCAUUGGUCAAAUCCAAUCUAGUCACUGGAUGAUUGAUCCAUAUUGGACAGUGAUACCUGUGAUGCUUGUUCAUUACUAUGCACCUCACCCUUUGGCUAACUAUGAUUCUUGGAGAUCAAAGAUUGUGAUUUUCUUGACUUGGAUUUGGAGUAUUAGACUCACUCAUAAUUACUUUAGGCGCGAAAAAUGGCAAUGGGGUGCGAGAGAAGAUUGGCGUUUUACUGAGAUGAGUGAACAAUAUGGAAAACAUUGGUGGUGGAUUUCAUUCUUUGCUGUUUAUGUUUCUCAACAGAUGUUUUUGAUUGGAUUGUCCCUUCCAUUGUAUGUUGUGCACUUUGUUAAUAAGCCUUUGAGUAUAUUGGAUUUCAUGGCUAUUGCUGUUUGUUUGAGUGGCAUUGUUAUAGCAUACUUUGCGGAUACACAACUCCAUGACUUUAUGUGUAAAAACAACAAGCUAAAAGAGCUUGGUAAACCUGUAGUCUCUGUACUUGACAGUGGCUUAUGGUAUUACUGUCGGCAUCCGAAUUACUUCGGUGAGACGCUGUGGUGGUGGGGACUAGUUGUAUUUGCAUGGAGCCUUGGACAUGGAUGGACAUUUAUCGGAGCUUUUGUUAAUACAUUGUGUUUGGCUUAUGUGACUAGGCUUGUGGAGGAGAGAAUGUUGAAACAAGAGAGUAGAGCAAAGGCGUUUAGGCUUUAUCAGAAAACAACUUCUGUGUGGAUACCUUGGUUUAAGUCAUUUCCUUCAGAAGUUAAAAAUAAGAAUGCUUGAUGUUUUUCUUUAUGCAAUGAUUGUUUUUUUUUUUGUAAAAUUGUCAUGUUGGUAUCUUAUUCAGUGUUGCAAUUUCUUUUCUCUUGUUUAUUUAAUAGAACCAUGAUUUGUAUUUGUUUUAGUAUGUAGUACUGAUAAUUCAAAUUCUAAGUGUGUCUGAUUGUACGAUACUGACACUGACACGGUAAUGAUACACAUGAUUUCAUACGAUCACUUUUAUUUUUUCAAACUAUAACAGUUGUCUA